ACCAUCGUCAGAAGUCAUGAUGAGCGGGUAGAUAAGCUCGCAAGAGUGGCAAUGUCUAUAUGGAGGUCUGUGUGUGUGUAUAUAUAAUAUAUAUCCGUACGUGAAUGUAUAUACAGAGUGUGUAAUUCACGCACUACACUGGCUGGCAGAGGACAACCAAUCAACUGCUCAGAAGUCACUUUAAUGGAGUUGGUUGAGCCUGCUGUUUCUAGUCUUAAUAUGGAAACUGAAGCAAUGAGGAAGAACUCAACCCUAAUUUGUGUUCCAAUAAUGGCGGAAUCAAUCGAUCAAAUGUUGAUUGAUAUGCAUAAGGCGAAAGCUUACGGUGCUGAUCUUGUGGAAGUUCGAUUGGACCAUUUGAAGAGCUUCAAUCCUAGUGAAGACAUUGAAACCCUAAUUAAACGGUGUCCUCUGCCCAAUCUCGUCACUUACAGACCGAAAUGGGAAGGUGGUCAGUAUGAUGGUGAUGAGAACAGACGACUGAAUGCACUUCGAUUAGCGAUGGAGUUGGGAGCUGAUUAUGUUGAUGUUGAGCUUCAGGUUAUUGAGGACUUUAAAUCUAUACGUGGAGGGAAGCCUGCAAAGUCCAAACUCAUCGUUUCUUCUCACAACUAUGUAAAUACUCCAUCUGUUGAGGAUCUUGGCAACCUUGUAGCAAGAAUACAAGCAGCUGGAGCUGAUAUAGUGAAGAUUGCGACAACAGCCACAGAUAUCACUGAUGUGGCACGCGUUUUUCAAAUAACUGUUCAUUGCCAAGUAAGCGGCGUUCCAAUAAUUGGAUUAGUUAUGGGUGAGAGGGGUUUAAUGUCACGGAUACUUUGCCCCAAAUUUGGUGGAUAUCUCACUUUUGGGACCCUUGAGGCAGGAAAAGUAUCAGCUCCUGGGCAACCGACAUUUAAAGAUUUGGUGAAUUUAUACAAUUUCAGACAGAUAUCGCACGAUACAAAAGUAUUUGGCAUUAUUGGGAAGCCUGUUAGCCAUAGUAAAUCACCUAUUUUAUACAAUGGUUCAUUCAAAUCAGUUGGUUUCAAUGGAGUUUAUAUGCAUUUGUUGGUGGAUGACAUUGCAAGUUUUCUCCAGACUUAUUCAUCUACAGAUUUCGUUGGGUUCAGCUGUACCAUUCCCCACAAAGAGGAUGCACUGAAGUGCUGUGAAGAGGUUGAUCCAGUUGCGAAGUCAAUAGGAGCUGUCAAUUGUAUUAUCAGGAGUCAAACUGAUGGGAAGAUAUUUGGAUGCAACACUGAUUAUGUUGGUGCUAUAACCGCUAUUGAGGAUGGAUUACGAGGUUCUUGUCAUACAAGCAACACAACUGGUUCACCUUUGGCUGGUAAACUGUUUGUAGUCAUUGGUGCUGGUGGUGCCGGCAAGGCACUUGCUUACGGUGCAAAAGAGAAGGGAGCGAGAGUUGUGAUUGCCAAUCGAACCUAUGAUCGAGCUAGAGAACUUGCAGAUAUUGUUGGGGGAGAUGCAUUAUCUCUUGCUGAUUUGGAUAGUUUCCAUCCAGAGGAUGGUAUGAUUCUUGCAAACACAACCUCUAUCGGAAUGACACCAAAAGUUAGUGACACCCCCAUUUCUAAGCAAGCUCUGAAGUCAUACACGUUGGUUUUCGAUGCUGUUUACACCCCCAAAAUUACCAGACUCUUGCGGGAAGCAAAAGAAGCUGGAGCCACAAUCGUUACAGGAGUUGAGAUGUUUAUUGGGCAGGCAUAUGAACAAUUUGAGAGGUUCACUGGGUUUCCUGCACCGAAGGAACUAUUUAAGAAAAUUAUGGAGAGUUAUUCAUAAAUCAAGUUUCUGUGGUCUAUCUCAUAGCGCAGAAUGUUACAUGGCCAUUGAAGUCUGCAGAUGCUAGUCCCGUCGGUGUGCUUUUGUUUACAGAUGACAUGGAAGAACAGGUUCUUUAUUUUCAGGUGCUGGGAAGUGUGGUUUGAAGUUAAUUGAAUUAAUCGUUUUUUUUUUUUUUUUUU